AUGCCGCAGUCAUCUUCCGCGGAGCAACCUGCGACAUCAAGCCAACGCAGUGUACCGAUCUCAUUUACAGGACAGCCCCGAACACAGCCCCGAACGGUCACCAAGCUCACCGUCCUUGAAAAGCAGCUGGAGAAAAUAGCGUGGGCACGAAGCAAGGCAUACGCACGUCGGAUCAGUCUCUUGGUAUGCUGGGAAAGGGACAGAACUGGCGCUCAAGACGACCUUUUGACGAUGGAUGGCAUGCUGAAAGAGCUUGGGUUCGAGUGUGUGACAUUCGUGAUUAAGAAUGAUGAUCAAACACCUGCCUGGACCCUCUCCAGGGAAAUUCUGUCACUCCUUGACCCUCAAGUUAAGGCAUCACUGCCAUCUCUGUUCUGCUGCUACUAUGCUGGUCAUGGUGACAUUUCCAAUAGUUCUCUGAGGGAAGAGAUCUCGUGGCACAACAUCGCAGGUGUACUGGAAAGUGCAAAGUUGGUGGAUUCUCUAGUCAUCCUCGAUUGUUGCCAUGCGGCUGCGGCACGGCGGUCGAACUCGAUGACAAACAUCCACAUUAUUGCAGCGUGUGGAGCUCGUGACAUGACGGCCGGGCGCUCAUCCCCUGUUUCGCUCUCGCAAAGGCUGUCCCGGUCACUGCGGCAUUCCAGGAGCCGGGGGUUAACAACAGUCGACUGGUUCCUCCAGGCAGAAGCUAAGAAACCCGAGAACGCUCCACACGCUGUCUUCGAAACGUUCAGCGGCACUGAUAUGAUCAGCGUCAUCGAAGGAAAGACUAAGUUUUGUCCAUCUCGCAUCCCUCGACCGGUAUCGGGCUUGAGUCAGGCCCCACAGGACGUGUUUGCGUGGUUGACGCUGGAGGGACCAGGAGAUACUGCGUCGGACUUGGAAAAGGUCAUUCGCUCACUCCCGCGGAACGUGAAAGCUGAGGUCUGGGGUGCAGAUAUAUCCGAUGCUUCUACUCUCAUCGAGCUGCGGAUGAGUUGGGAAGCGUGGAUCCUGUGGACAAGCGUGGUCCACUUGGAGUUUAGGGGGGUAGUACUUGGUGUCAAUUUACACUGGCAAUAG